AGUAGUUGAAGAUAGUUUAAAACGUCUUCCAAUACAUACUCUAUAUAAAGAAUUUAGAUAUUCUAAGACCGUGGUUAUCAUACACUUUAUUAUCAAUUUUUCUCAUCGCAAAAUUAAAAAAAAAAAUCACAAAUUCCAAUGCACUGCAUCUAAGAAUAAAAAUAAAAAUGUUCGAUGUUAAGAAGUGAAAUAGCACUACGUUUUUAUUUUUCACGGGAAAGGGCCGCUACGAUAAAUAACAAUAAAAAAAGCGCUACGCGUAGCGCAAUUCCGCUACACCUGGCCACACUGCCUUAAGUUUAUCUUCAUUUAGUUCAUUUUAAAUAACAAUUAAUAAAUAUUGUGUUUGUUUUGUGUUUUGAUAGUUCGCGAUAAAAACAAACGUUGGUGAUAACUGAUAAGAAGUAAAAUUGAAUAAAAAAUACUGCGAAAAUACCACCACAGAACAAUACAUUUAUUAUCUUUAACUGAAAAAUACAUUAUUUUUUUUUAUUCGUGAUUUUUAUUUGAUAUAUAUUAUCACAGAACAAUAUUAUAGGUAAAAAGGUAAAAGGUAAAAGGCUAGAAGCACAGAAUAGGUGAUCUUAAUGGUGCCUGGCUUAUAGGUCUACGCAUGGCUGAAAAUAUAUAUAUAUUAAAUUUAUAAAUAUAUUUAAGCCAUGGGUCUAUGGUUAUUUUAUAAUGAUUUAUGUAUACAGGUAGAAUAACGAUUAUUUGACCAAUUUACUAAUUGUAAUUGUAGUAUUUUAUAAAGUGGUGAUUUAAAUAAUUUUUACUAGUUUUUCAACCCCCACAGUCUACUGAUUAGGAUUACCCUCUGUAAUUACCUAUACAACAUGACUAAAGAAAUACAAUUUCAAAUUUAAAUUAUUUCUUAAAUCUUUAGGUUAUUGUUGUUUAUGGUCUGUUACCCAGGCAACAGGACUUGAAUUGUUGUGACUUCUCCAUGAUUGUCAGUUAUGAAACGUACAAAUUAUUUAAAAACUUACGUUAUUCGCUGCUUUUCAACUAUUCCCAGAAACAAAAUAUGGAGGAAGAAGAUUUCAAAUUCAAACAUAUUUCUGAAGAGGAUUUUAAUAAAACUUACAAAAAAAUCAAUCGCCGCCGACAAAAGCAAAUAGAUGACCAACAUUGGAACAUUUAUAUGGAAUCAAUCAAAGAUACAGACUCUAAAAAUACAUAUACAAUUGAAAAUGAUACAGAAGUUAAACAAAGUGAACCAUCAUUUAAUAAGUGCACUAACAGCCAAUUUAGCACACAUGAUUCAAUAAAUGUAUACUCAUUACAUGAUCCUUUUGACCUUAAUCACAUACAUGGGCUUAGAAACCGUUUGUUUAAAACAUUUAAUGAAUUUUCUAAAAUAUUAGAAAAUGCACUUUUGCCACCAGUUUUAAAAAGUGCUAAAAAAGUACAAAUUAAAAUUAAAGAAUGUGAUCAACUACCAAAUAAUCACAUAUUUGAUCUCAAUUCACUGCUCUCUGAAAUUAAAAAAGAAUCAAAAAAUGAAGACCUGCACAGUAAAAAAAAUAAAACCAAUGUCACAUUAAGAAAAGUCUUUCAAAUUAAGUUAAUUAAAUGCUAUAAAUUAGCAAUUAAUGUUACAAAGCUAUGUUCAAAAACCUUGGAAGCUGGAAUUUAUAACCCUAUUCAAAGCAAAAUGAAAAAUUUGAUCCAAAUUAUAUCAGUUCUAUCAUUAACGACUGGAAAAUAUAUAUAUGGUGAAUUAUAUAAGAAAAAAAAGAAAGAAAGUUUUGAUUUAGUUCAACAUUGCAAAGAUUUAGAGAAUAUGUUGGAAGAAUGUGGUUAUAAAGACACAGACAAUGACAAUUAUAGUAAUAAAAUUGAUAACAAUAUGUUAAAUGAGCUUUCUAAUAAAGCUUUAAGCAAACCUAAACCUCAAUUGUUUUCGGCCAACUCUAAUCGAUUAAGUAUGUAUAAUCAAGACAAACCAAAAUUGGGAUCAAAUUACGCUCAGGGAUGGUCGAAAAAAUCAUAUGAAUUAACAAGAGAUAAUGUUUUAUCAAAAAAGGAUAAUAUUUUAAGAACUGAAAAUAAUUUAGACAAUGUCAAAACUGUAAUGGAAGAUUAUCCCUGCUUCAAAGAAUCGAAUGAAACAAACUAUAAAUUGCUUUUUAAAGAGAUACAAGAUGAAAAAUUAAUUGAUACUGAUGAAGCAAUUAAAUUUCCAACUGCUUCAAAAGUAUUUAGUAUUACAGAAUCAAUUAUGGACGACUUGAUAGAUGAAGUUUUAUCAAAAAUUGAUUAUGAUGCAAUAAUCAAAAAACUAAUAAGAAUGGAACUGUUUGAAUAACUUAAUAGUUUGGAAG